CACUCCACCACCUAUGGAUUAGAUGCUCGAGCUUCGCAAGCCGCUCGUUCGCUUUGCUGCGUUGCAUGGCGUUUAACUGCUGAGAACAGCUGUAAUGUUGCUCUGACAUGCGUGCGACCGCUUGCGUACUGCCUGACGUUUAAGUAGCAGUCUCCAGACAAGUGGUGGACGAUGGAGGAUCACGGUGUGGAGAGUCUGGCAGAGGUGUUCCGCUGCUUCAUCUGCAUGGAACGGCUGCGGGAUGCCCAUCUAUGUCCUCAUUGUUCCAAGCUUUGCUGCUACGCCUGCAUUCGACGCUGGCUGACGGAGCAACGGUCUCAGUGCCCGCACUGUCGCGCCUCCCUGCACCUGCACGAGCUGGUCAACUGCCGCUGGGUGGAGGAGGUCACUCAGCAGCUGGACACCCUCCAACUGAGCUCGGCUGCAGCCACGGCCACAACCACUGGGGAGGCAGCCAAGCCCAGCUCCCCCGAGCCACGUGACCAAGAGCGUUGUCAGCACCACAAGGGCGAGAAGCUGAGCGUCUACUGCUGGAACUGCCGCCUCUGCAUCUGCCACCAGUGUGCCCUCUGGGGCGGAACGCACUGUGGCCAUGUGUUCAAGCCCCUGGAGGAGGUGCAUGCGCAGCAGGUGGCGGCCGUGAGGGAGCAAGUGGGGGCCCUGCGGCGCCGUCUCGUCCACCUGUUGGGGCUGGUGGCACAGGUGGAGCGCUCCGUUGAGGCUGUGCGGCAGGCCAAGGACCUGCGCGUCCACGAGAUACGCAAUGCCGUCGAGCACAUGAUUGCACGCCUGGAUGCCCAGCUCAAGGGGCGCCUGCUCUCGCUAGUUGCUCAGAAGAACGCCCUCACCCAGGAGACAGAACAGCUGGAGCAGCUGCUUCAGGCCGCCGAAGCGCAGCUCAGCUCGUGCUCGCGCUCGGAGCUCAUAGCCCGCUCGCCCGAGAUAGUGCGUCGGCUGGGGGAGCUGCUGCAGCGGCAGCCCCCCUGUUCUCCCCCGCUGCUGCUGCUGCCCGGGGGUGGCCAGGAGUUCCCCUCGGAGAUGGUGCCCCCGUACGAGUCGAGCGCCUUUUUGUUGCGCAACUUCUCGGUGCUGCAGCAGCGUGCCGACCCCGUCUACAGCCGGCCCCUCACCACCUCGGGGCUCACGUGGAGGCUCAAGGUGUAUCCGGAUGGAAAUGGUGUUGUGAGGGGAAACUACCUGUCUGUCUUUCUGGAACUUACAGCUGGUCUGCCAGAGACAUCCAAGUACGAGUACCGCGUGGAGAUGAGCCACCAGGGAGGUGAUCCGAGCAAGAACAUAGUGCGUGAGUUUGCCUCGGACUUUGAGGUUGGCGAGUGCUGGGGCUACAACCGCUUCUUCCGCCUCGACCUUCUCGCCUCCGAGGGCUACCUCAGUGGAGACACCCUUCUUCUGCGCUUCGAGGUGCGGCCACCCACCUUCUUCCACAAGUGUCGGGACCAGCAGUGGUACCUGGCACAGCUGCAGGCACAACAGGCCCAGCUGAUGCAGCAGGUGCAACAGCUCAAGGAGAGGCUGACUGCUGAAAUAGCGAAGAACGAGGCGAGCUCCUACACCUCGGAGAAUGCUGCGGGAAGUCAAUGCCCACUUGUUGGAAAGGUGUGCUUGGAGGUGGCAUCGGUUGUAGGAGACCAGCUGGGGCAGUAG